AUGCACUCUGACCUCACCCUAGAGAUUCUCGACCAACAGACAAUGGAUCUUGGCGAACAAUUUCGUGAGUUUAAAGCGAAAGUUUGCUCUGCAUAUCAUACCCAAGAACUCGAUUGUGAAGUCGACGCACAAUCUCGUCGACAGGCCAAGGAUGCGGCCAAACGGGUAGAGACAGGCAAGGUGAAUAAUGUCGGGCAAGUGACUGCGGCUCCACAAUCUGAGCCAGGUGCCAUCGGUAAAGGAAAAGGAAAAGCGAGUCUGGAGCAGUCCCGGGACAUACCUGUGCCAAAGCAGCUGCAAAGGAAAAAGUUGUUUAAUUUUCAAACUUACAAGUUUCACGCGCUAGGAGAUUACGUGGCCUCCAUCCAUCAUUUUGGAACAAUGGAUUCGUACAGCACCAAACCAGGAGAACUAGAGCAUCAUACGUCAAAAGACAGAUAUCGUCAUACUGAUCGAAAGGCCUUCGUUCACCAGCUAACUCAGAUCGAGCAUCAUCAGACACGUUUGCGCCACAUCAAGCAACGGCAACAAGGAAAAGACUUUUGUACAGAAGUGAAUGAAAUGACGAACGACCCUGAAGUACAUCAUUAUAUUGGCCAAAGUGAGAAGAAUUAUGAUGAUAUUGGUCACUACCUCCGUAGCCACGUGCAUGACCCUGCUAUGAAGCACCCUUUCGUCGAUUUCAACGGCCCAGAAUGUUUUGUCCUCAGUGCUUAUCUGGCGCACAACUACCGCCAGGUCUCUCCGAUAUAUUGUCCAGAUUAUGUGUCGGUCAACAGUUUAGAUGGUGUUCUACCCGUAGUCGGCGCACUCGCAAUUCCUCACGUCGAUGAAACACUGUUUCAUACAAUAUACAAAAAGCAGUUUGGUGAUGGUGAUUUCCUUCGGGCUAUUGACGCCCAUUUUUGCCGGCCAAAUGGGGCAGGGAUGAUUACUCCAGUGUGGCAACUCAGCAAGUUAAAUGACAUCAUCCAAUUCAACCCGGCGCCAUUCCCAUAUGGCUUCCCGCCUCCCAUAGUGACCAAUGUGUCAUCUCUUCCCACCCACUUUCAACCAAACAACCAACUGACUUCUGUGUUUGUGCCUCCUGCCCUCCUAUCAGUUGGUGGGCCAGCUUGGCCUUGUGACUUUGAUUAUGGAUAUGAGCAGGAAGAUUAUCCCGUAGCUUCGCUUGGUUACGCUGAAGAUUCGGUCAUCCCUCCACAAGACACAGAAAUGGAUGGCGGAUUAUUUGGGCAGCUCGCUCCUACAAUCACAAGGGUGUUUCAUGACACUUUGAGAUGGACAGGCGUCGACAUUGCAAUUAAUAAUGACGACAGGUCAGCAAUCAAAGCCGCAAUGAACAGCACUUGUUGGAGAUGCCCAAUUUACUUAAUGAAGUAUUUUCUCUAUGGUACUUUCUGGCUUGGCUUGGGGAACCUGUUCACCACCACAAAGCAGGAACAACGUGUCAUACUCACCAAUAGCUUCUUGAGCGCAAUAGCUCAUGAUCAAACAACGUUGCAAGAAUUGGUCAAUGAACCGGCAAUCUUACAGCGUGCAGUUGCACAUUUUCCCAGUGGAACGUCCAUCAGAUGGGACAUCAUUCAUUUGCUUUUUUCUGGUACCAUCAAGAAUAGACUGUCAGAUAUGCAUAAGGUAGUCCAGGGAUGCACCAGACUCGACAACUUCUCUGGUGGUGGUACAGUUCAAGAACAGGAGGCGAGGGUCAAAGCAUUAUUUGAUUCUUUUAACUCGAGUGACCAACAGGACAUCGAACGAGCUAUUGCUGAACUUGUGGAACUGUAUAUGUUCGGGGAACUCAUGUGGAUGUCAACAUUCCAAACCGUGAUCGGCUUGGCUGAGGGUACCCGCGAUGGCAGGGUUGCUGACCUUUUUCCUCAAGAAGUUUGA